GUUAUUGCAUUCUGGGAUGUGGCUGACAUAAGACUAUGGCGACUCUAUCCUCUGUGUUCACUGAGAAGGAAAAGACAAACUGGCUGAAGGCGUGGCUAAUAAUUGACUUUGCAAAGUCUGGUUUAGAACAAUUUGUGGGGAGCGAGGCUAUCACCUUUCACGCAAACAUAUACAACACUGUUUGGUUAAGUAUUCAGUCGCGUACCACGUGUUCAGGGUGUCACACUGCAAAGUUGGUGAAAUGCCCAACACGAGGCGUAUGCAAUAAUCGAGGAGCAAAUAACACAUGUAAAUCAAUGCAUGAUACCUUGGCAAAACAACCACGACCAUGUCCUGUUAAUGUGUGUAAUAAAGUCCAUGACGAGAUAGUUAAGCAGCAUAAAUUUAACAAACCGUCAUGGAAGAAUACGAUGGCGCAACAAUGGACAGCAAAUCCAUGGCAAUUGGCCAAGGCAUAUUUUCCUCCAGACGGAUAUGCCGGAAAUACUUCAGUUCAAGAUACAGACUUCAACGGAAUCAUCAGUUUUAUGAUGAACUGCAAACAUUUUGACAACAAGUUUUCAUUCCCAAUAGCUCCAGGAAAACACAAUCCUCCAUGUGUGCUGACAAAAGCGCGAGAAAUUGGCAGAACGGUCCGUCCUUCAUCUUAGUGUAAAGUCACAGACACAGAUCUCCAAGACAUUUUCAUAACAAUGACAAGCUUGCUGACAGACCCAGUGUGUCUAACACAUGACGUCGCUGCACAGGAGGCUGUGAAGAAACUAGCAGAGCUGGAAAAGGACGCAUUAAAGAUAACCACAGAGGAAAUGAUUCAUUUACUAGACGCGGCUCAAGAUACACUAAAGAAAGCUAAAAAUAUUGCUGAUAAAUUUUUGGAUGAGAUGCAGAUUCAUCUUGAACAGUGUAGAAAGGAGCUUAAUUCACACACGGACAAAUGUAAAAAGACACUCGAUGAGCACACUGCCAAAUGUACAAAUGCUAUAGAUGAACAUAUUAGUAAGACUGCGGAAUCGGCCUACGAGCAAUCUUGUGAAGACUUUCUCGGAAGGUUAAUACAGUUCUAUAUGAAAACAAAGAAUACUGUGUCUGUUUCACCUCUAUGGGAGGGUCGUGACAAAACCAUCUGGGAUGUCUUUGUGCAACCGAAAUUGAGCCAUCUUACAAUCGAAAAAAAUGGAUCUCGAAAGAAAACAGACACCGUGAUAAACCAAUAUAAAGAAAUAUUUUAUAAAGACAAGAAACUUAAUGGUCGUGUGUUUGUUCAAGGAGAACCCGGAAAUGGUAAAUCUACAUUCCUCACCAAGCUUGCGCUUGACUGGUGCGAGGCGGUGUAUUUACACACUCCUGGACACAAAGCUACAUUUACUGAUGUUGAUACCUUCCAUAAGUUCAAGUUUCUAUUUCAUUUAUCUCUAAGAGAUGCAACUUGUCAACAGCAUGAGGUGAUAGAAAUGAUCAAAACACAAAUUAUCGACAUGAUUUACACCGGUGAUAAACGCGAAGAAGUAUUCAAUCUCUUACAACGAAUCAUGGAAAAAGAGACAUGCAUUGUAACUCUGGAUGGUUUGAACGAGUGGACAUAUCAGAUGAAGACAUAUGUUUUACCUUUCAUGGCAAACUGUCAUACACAUUGCUUAUUGUUAAUAUCAACGCGACCAUGGAGAAUGGCGGACGAAAGAAUCAAGGAUUCUGAAAUUGACACGCUAUUAGAAAUUGAAGGAAUUACUGAUCCAGAAGAGCUAACAAAACUCAUAAUAAUUAGUCUUCAAAUUGGUAAUGACAAAACACACGAUCAAUUCAUGAAGUACGUUAUUGAACAUCAAUUAAUGCCGUUUAUGACGUCACCAUGGCUUCAGACGCUGCUUGUCAGUUUGUGGAUGAACAAUAAGGCAUUAAGUUGUUCAUUGACAGAAAUAAAUUGCAUUCUAUUGGAUCUUCUCUUUAAGAAGGCAAAUGCAAGAGAAGGCUAUUUUAUAGAAGGAACUUCCAUUCCGUGUUUAUUUAAUACAAGGUAUAUUAAGCCGCAUGUCGAUAUAUUUAAUAGCCUUGCCGCGGUUGCUUUUAAAUUAACGUAUGCAUCCAUAAAAUCUCUAGUGUUUACAAAAUGUGACUUAUCGAGUUACAUGUUCAAAGAACAAAUAGAAUUCUGUCUCAAUGCUGGUGUGUUGACGCAAAGGUACAGGCCCGGCAAAGCAUCAAAUGAUUCGCAGUUUUCAUUUGUUCAUGAGACUGUUCAGGAAUUCUUCGCUGCAUUUCAUAUAGCAAAUUCAAAGGAGGAUAUUCUAUCAAGAGUCCUGCUCGAAAAUAAAUAUGAUGUUUUAGAACUGAGCCAGUCAGUUAUUUAUCUUUGCGGGCUUGACUGUGAGAAAGCUAAUAAACUGAUAAAACACUAACGAAGAGUUUCUCGAUCAUGUUAAUCACGGACUGAGCAUGUAUAUUAUGAGAUUUUUUCAGACGAAGAACUUAUCAUUAUUUGGAACAGACAAUUACAGAAUGGAAAAUAUUUUAAAAUCAAAACAUAAUCCGAGAGAAUAUGGUUCACGUUGUCAGGCUGUAUCAGUCUUAUUCCAGCACAUGCUGAUCAAAGGGUACUGUGAGGCUAAAGCCAGUGGGCAGAAGGACAUUUUUCUGAAGUGUAGGGACUACACAUUCCAUUCAGAUCUCAAUGAGACAGAAUCAAACACACUGCUUGAUAUUCUUAUGUUAAACAAGUCAGAUGUACGGACACUUAUAGUAGAAAGAAAUAGGUUACACAUAAGCAAAGUCUUUGAAGUCAUUCAACAGUCCAUGCAUUGUCUUAAGCGCGUAAUGACGAGGCUGACUCCGAAAAUCAACACAAUAUUACAUAAUUUGAGAAUACGGGAGCUGUAUUUUAUUGAAAAAAUCGACGUUUCGUCAUUUUCUAUUGUACUUCCAACAUUGCGCAAGUUAAGGUAUUUAUACAUAGAACAUUCAACUUUUAUGGACGAAAUAGUUCUUCCUAGUACAGUUCAACAUAUUUGUUUGUUCAAGUGUGCAUUCACUGCCUUGUUUUUUCGACGGUUUAUGAUAGAUUUAUCGUCUUUAAAACACAAAGUUUGGUGUGAGUUCAUUGGUGUGGAUGUAAUGGAUUACAAUACGCAUCUACUUCAAACAGAGUUUAUGUCCAGCGUAGAAGUCCUCGGCACGGGUUCAAAUGUACGUAUACCUGAAUUGAGGUCUGAACUAUUGUUAUGCGACAUGGCGAAGAUAACUAUAGUGGUGAAAACUUGCAGUGUCGAUCUGUUUGAACAAUUUCGCGAUACAAGUAUAGGAGUUUUACAUCUCAGAACUGCUGAGUGUGCCUCGUUUGCUUCAAGAAUUAUACCCACACUUAACAAGUUAACAAAGCUUCAGUUAUGGGGGACAUAUACGGGAAGAUUCGAUCUAAAGCUCCCUGAUUCUUUACAGUUUAUAAUUCUGGAGGAAGGCGAAUGUUCGUCUGAGUGGCUUUGCGGCAUGCUGAUCACGCUGUCUUCAAUAGACCAUCAUGUCACUUGUGCGCUCGGUGAUGUUGAAUUGCAGUCAAGUACAAAAGCCCGUGGCACAGAUUCAGCAAUACAUGGACCAGACAUGCGGUCUGAAAUAUUGUCAUGCGACAUGUCUAAGAUGACUAUAUUUGUUAAAACUGGCAGUGUGGAGCUGUUCGAACAUUUUCGCGAUACAAGUAUAGGAAUUUUAAGUCUCAGGACUGCUGAGUGUGCCUCGUUUGCUUCAAGAAUUAUACCCACACUUAGCAAGUUAACAGAAAUUCAUUUAUGGGGGACAUAUACGGGAAGAUUCAAUCUCAAGCUCCCUGAUUCUUUGCGGUUUAUAUUUCUGGAGGAAGUCGAAUGUUCAUCUGAGUGGCUUUGCGGUAUGCUGAUUACGCUGUCUUCGAUAGACCAUCCCGUCACUUAUAAGUUAUGGGGUGUUAAAUUGCAGUCAAAUACAAAAGCCCGUGGCACAGAUUCAGCAAUACAUGGACCAGAGAUGCGGUCUGAAAUAUUGUCAUGCGACUUGUCGAAGAUGACUAUAAUUGUUAAAACUGGCAGUGUGGAGCUGUUCGAACAUUUUCGCGAUACAAGUAUAGGAAUUUUAAGUCUCAGGACUGCUGAGUGUGCCUCGUUUGCUUCAAGAAUUAUACCCACACUUAACAAGUUAACAGAAAUUCAUUUAUGGGGGACAUAUACGGGAAGAUUCAAUCUCAAGCUCCCUGAUUCUUUGCGGUUUAUAUUUCUGGAGGAAGUCGAAUGUUCAUCUGAGUGGCUUUGCGGUAUGCUGAUUACGCUGUCUUCAAUAGACCAUUCUGUCACUUGUGCGCUCCGUGAUGUUGAAUUGCAGUCAAGCGUGGAAGCCCUCGGCACGGGCUCAAAUAUAUGUAUACCUGAAUUGAGAUCUGAACUAUUGUUAUGCGACAUGGCGAAGAUAACUUUAUAUGUGAAAACUGGAAGUGUGGAUCUGUUUGAACAAUUUCGCGAUUCAAGUAUAGGAAUUUUGCAGCUCAGGACUGCUGAGUGUGCCUCGUUUGCUUCAUUUAUUAUACACACACUUAACAAGUUAACAAAGCUUCAAUUAUGUGGGACAUAUACGGGAAGAUUCAAUCUCAAGCUCCCUGAUUCUUUGCGGCUUAUAAUUCUGGAGGAAGUCGAAUGUUCAUCUGAGUGGCUUUGUGGUAUGCUGAUCACACUGUCUUCAAUAGACCAUCCUGUCACUUGUGCGCUCUGUGAUGUUGAAUUGCAGUCAAGUACAAAAGCCCGUGGCACAGAUUCAGCAAUACAUGGACCAGACAUGCGGUCUGAAAUAUUGUCAUGCGACAUGUCGAAGAUGACUAUAAUUGUUAAAACUGGCAGUGUGGAGCUGUUCGAACAUUUUCGCGAUACAAGUAUAGGAAUUUUGAAGCUCAAUACUGCCGAGAGUGCAUCAUUUGCCUCAACGAUUUUACCCACACUUAAAAAGUCACAGGUCUUCAUUUAUGGGGGACAUAUACGGGAAGAUUUGAUCUAAAGCUCCCUGAUUCUUUGCAGUGUAUAAGUCUGGAUAAAUGCAAAUGUUCAUAUGAGUGGCUUUGUGGUAUGCUGAUCACGCUGUCUUCAAUAGACCAUCCUGUCACUUGUGCGCUCUGUUAUGUUGA